UGCCCUUUCUCACAGGUGGGAACGCAAGGGACUGGGAAGCCCGAAGGAAGCCUGGCAGGAGAGGGUGAGGGGCUUCCUCCCUCCGAGAGCACCCAGCUUCCGGAGGCUGGGGCGUGGUCGACUCCGCGCGCGCCGAGAGGUCAACGCCCGGUCUUGAGGUCUUAUAUAGCCUGGACUGGACUUGAACUUGUUAUGUAGCCAAAGACGACUUCCUGAUCCUAGCUGCCAAAUGCUAAGAUUACAGCCCUUCACCACCCUGCUUAGGUCUACCUUUGAAGUGCUCAAAUAGUAAUACCAGUGUGGGCCUUGGCCUACAAAUUUGUCAAACAGAAGAUCUUGGGAAUCUCAUGUACUGAAUCAGAGAGCCUCUGUGACUACCAUUCCAUCUCUCAGAAGCAGCAGCUCUCAGGGUGGAAUUGGGCUGAUUACUGAAGCUUAUUUUGUCAGUCCACGGAAAUUUUUACUUUUUGACUUUUUUCUCACAAUGGCUUCCUUUCACAAAUUACUGACUGGCACUUACAUUCAUAGAAACUUCCUGAAGCCAAGGGCUGCCUUGCAUCCAUUUAUAGGUGUUCACUUUGUACACUGUUCUUCCAGUCCUCUUCAGAAACAAGUGGCUCCUGCUGACAGAGUCUCCCAGCAAAGGAAGACUGAAGAGGGUUUACAAGAGGGUCACCACAAAGAGGUUGCUUUGGAUAUAACUUCUCCUGACAAGAAACCCGAAGUUAGCUUUGAUAAAGCAAUUAGAGAUGAAGCAAUAGAACAUUUAAAGCGUUUGAAGGAUGAAAUUAUGGCUCAUUGGAUAGGUCCAGAAGGCCGCCCAGUACACGAGGUCAUAAUGGAGCAAGCCAGGGUUGUCUGGCAGUUUCGUGGAAAAGAAGAUUUGGAGAAGUGGAUAGUGACUUCUGAUAAGACAAUUGGAGGCAAAAGUGAAAUAUUCUUGAAAAUGGCCAAGAACAACCAAAGUGCCCUGCUCUAUGGGACGCUGAGCUCUGAGGCACCUCAAGAUGGAAAAAGUACCCAAAGUGGGUACUGUGCAAUAGUAUCCAAGAUUCCAAUGGGGGCUUUUCUGAGGAGGCUGUCUUACGAUUGGUCCCAGUUCAACACUCUGUAUCUCCGAGUUCGUGGGGAUGGCCGGCCUUGGAUGGUGAAUAUCAGGCAAAGCACAGAAUUUCUCCAGAGAAAAAAUCAGAUGUACAGUUACUUCAUGUUCACCCGUGGGGGGCCCUACUGGCAGGAAGUCAAGAUUCCUUUCUCCAAAUUUUUUUUCUCCAAUCAAGGAAGGGUACGAGAUUUCCAGAGGCCACUUAUAGUUGACAAGAUCUCUUCUAUAGGACUCACCCUGGCAGAUAAGGUGGAUGGACCAUUCUUCCUGGAAAUAGAUUUUAUUGGUGUGUUUACUGAUCCAGCCCAUACAGAAGAACUUGCUUAUGAGAGUUCUCCAGCUAUUAACCCAGAUCUUUUCAGAUAGAGAACUGGGGCAGAUUUGAGUAACACUGAGUACUGGUCACAAAUACAAAAUAAAGCCUUUCUGUCUGCCA